GGGAGAACUGGGAAAAUGUGUCUCCGACGAACAUCCACUGAGCCUCUCUUUUAUCAAAAUACUAUUUCAGUCUGAGAAAAGGCUCGUUGUUUUGCUGGGUUUUUUUAACUGGGAAACAAAAACUUACAAACCUGGCCGGACUGGCGGCUUAUCUGGUUCCCCCCGUUGGUCACUGGUGUAUCCCAAGAUGGAGGGCACAGCCCGGGGGCGCUGACGCCUGGCCCGCGUGGGAGCGAGUGGGGUUCGGUUCAGCGGGAGCGGCCGGAGGACAGCGCCAUGCCUCACAAGAAGAAAAAGCCCUUCAUAGAGAAGAAGAAAGCAGUAACAUUUCACUUGGUGCACCGAAGUCAGAGGGAUCCUCUUGCUGCUGAUGAUACUGCACCCCAGAGAGUUCUGCUGCCCACACAGAAAGGGCAUGAGGAGCAAAGAAGGGAAGAGCAGCGCAAGUAUGGUGUCUUCUUUGAUGAUGACUAUGACUAUUUGCAGCACCUCAAAGAAGCCUCUGGUCCCUCCGAGCUUGUCCCAUCUGUGCGGGGACAGCAAAGCAGAAUUGUCAUCACAAGUGAGGGGCACAUAGAGGAUGAAAUUCAGAGAAUUUCCGCUCCAUCUAUUAAGUUGCCUUCCUCGGUUUUUGCCACAGAGUUUGAAGAGGACGUGGGCUUGUUAAAUAAAGCUGCUCCUGUUUCAGGACCACGGCUAGAUUUUGACCCAGAUAUUGUUGCAGCUCUUGAUGAUGAUUUUGACUUUGACAAUCCAGAAAAUAUCCUGGAAGAUGAUUUUGUUCUGCAAGCAAAUAAACCACAGAAGCGGGGACCAGAUGCUGAGAAUGAAGAUGAAUGGGAAGAUAUGGAAGAUGAUAGUGAUGAGAAGGAUAGCUGCAGUACUGAUAAAGACUAUGAUUCAGAAGGUCCUUUGUCAGAUGGUGAGGUUAAUGGACAGACUAAGGAAUUCCUUUUUAUGCAAGAAGAAACCAGGAGUCGUUUCACAGAAUAUUCUAUGACAUCUUCAGUGAUAAGACGGAAUGAGCAGUUAACCCUGUUGGAUGACAGAUUUGAGAAGUUUUAUGAACAAUUUGAUGACGAUGAGAUCGGAGCCUUAGAUAACGUGGAGUUAGAAGGCUACAUUAACACAGACAAUGCUCGGCUGCAGGAAGUCCUGGAUGAUUACUACAAAGAGAAAGCAAAGAAUUGUGUGAAAUUGGAUGCUCUUGAACCUGAUGAAGAUUUGGAUUCUCUUGUAAAUGAAGAAAGUGAGGAGGAAAAGGAAGAAAUAGUAACUGUAGUUAUUGAGGAGCCAAAGGAAAAGUGGGAUUGUGAAUCCAUUUUGAGUACCUAUUCAAACUUAUAUAAUCACCCAACACUUAUUAAGGAGCCAUCAAAGCCCAAACCAAUAAAAAUUUCUCAGAAGACUGGAAUUCCCCUACACAUCCUGCCUCAGAAGGGUCUCACUGCUAAGCAGGUGGAGCGCAUGCAAAUGAUAAAUGGCAGUGACCUGCCAAAAGCAUCAACACAGCCUCGUUCCAAAGCUGAGAGCAAAGAGGAUCGCAAAGCCAGAAAACAGGCAAUCAAAGAGGAGAGAAAGGAGCGCAGAAUGGAGAAAAAAGCCAACAAGCUGGCCUUCAAACAGGAGAAAACAAGACAAGAGAAAGAGUUGCUCAAUCUGAAACAAAAUGUGCAAGGUCUGAAGCUGUCCUGAUGAAACUGAGAAACUUACUGUGGAAAUAUCCCUAAUUUUUCAUUUGUGUUGAGAAGGGAACUGCUAACUCACACCUUUGCCAGUCCUGCUCAAAGGGAGUUUUUCAAAUCUCACUGUAACAAGACCCAGUAUUGUCAUUUUUUCUGAAGUUAAAUUCUAUAUAAAAUAAUGUAUUGGUGAUAGCUAUUCUGUCAUGAGUGACAUGGCAAUUGCUGCAAAGUUUCAUUACAGUAGAGAUGUAUUAAAAUUACAAAUAUUUUUCUUACAAGUUAUCACUGAACAGAGUUAUAUAUAUUUGUUGAAUGUAUUCAACAAAUCAGCAGAAUCCUACAGAUUUGAUCUGAUUAGAUUCUUCUAUUAAAUUAUUUCAGUUUA